GUUUUACGUUAAAUGAACUUUGCACGAGACGCGACGCUAUUUUUAUCGUAAUUAAAUUUUCGCGGCAUGCGAUAUUAGCCGCGCCCUCUAGCGGUUAAUCGAUAAUCGAUUCUGACAUUAGAUCGUGCGCGUCAGUCGUAACCCGCUACUGGUAGUGUUCGCGAUAUUUUCGUACGAGUCCUUCGUUAACCCUUCGUUUUUGAGUUUCGAAUCAUUAAAAUACUUCCAAUUAUCGCAAUGUCUUGAUCUCGAGUGUAAUAAUUCGUUCUUUUCGAAUCGUGUGAACCUCGAUCGAAGCUUUCCUUCGCGUAAAUAGUCUUCGCGAUUCUUUCGGAUGGUUCUUAGUGUCGAUACACGGUGUGUUCUAAUGGUGUGUUCUAGCUGAAACAAGUGCUACGGGGAGUCGACAAAUUUCAAGUGACAUUGCUAGUGCCGCGAAACGAUUUUACGCGUUAUAUGCUGUGCAACCGAAAUCGAAGUUAACCACGAGACGAAGAACGAGGAGCGCAGAAGAGAGGAAAAGACGCCGAGGGAGGCGACACCUUUAACCAGUUCGAAAAAACGGUCGAAAUGGGAAGGUGCGGCUUCGUCCUGUGGUUGGUCCUCGCUUGCCUCACCAGCGACGCGUUGCAACAGUACAGGGAAAAGAACAUAAGCGGCGCCGAGACAGACGCGGUACACGCGAUCUUGGCCAGAUAUCUUCAGAGGCGUCUUCAGGGGUCUCAGCUGUCGACGCCUCCGCCGCCAGCGGUCCUCUUCAGUAGCCGUAACCAGGCCAGAGUGAGGCAAGGUCAGAGGACGAGCGGCAAUGCGUUGCCGAGGAAUGUGAGCGAGAAAGAGAGGAGGGGAGGGAUGGAGGAUUACGAGGAUUACGAGGACGACCUUGAGGGCUUCGAGGACAGUGAGAGGAGCAGGACCAGAUUCGAUUUGUUCGCCGACGACUGUCCCAACUGCGUGGACGAGCACACCACCAACCUCGCCGCCUCCAGAUGGACCAUGCCGCUGCUCAAGCUCGGCGAGAAAAGAUAUUACCUGGGGAUCUUCUUCAAGGCCAAUUGGUACAGAGCGUCUCAAUAUUGCCGAUAUCACGGGAUGCAUCUGGCGAGCAUAGCGUCGCAGGAGGAGAACGACAGACUGGAGAAGCACAUUAAGGAUUUUGGCCUUGGACACGAGCAUUUUUGGACCUCCGGUACCGACCAGGCCGAGGAAGGCACUUUCUUCUGGAUGGCCAAUGGAAGGCCUAUCACUUUUGAAAAUUGGAACGUGGGCGAGCCGAAUAAUUUCAGAUACGAGAACGGUGAGGAAGAACACUGCCUCGAGCUGUGGAACAGGGAUGGGAAGGGAUUGAAGUGGAACGACAGUCCGUGCAGUUUCGAGACCUUUUUCGUUUGCGAGGUGCAAUGAUCGAUCCAUCGAACUCUACGAGAUUGACGAAACACGAAUCCUCCAAGAUCAUCGAUUCACCCGAUUCGAUUCGCGAUACACAACAUCGAUCUACCCUAUCGAGUCAUCAUCCAGCCGGCUGGCUGUUGCCCGAUCCAACACGAAAAUGGAACAAUACUGACUUCUUAUGUGUGUGUGUAUGUGUGUGCGUGUGUGUGUGUGUAGUCGCGCGUGUACGUUCACACGAACGAUGUGAAAUCGAUGGAUGUAGGAUGUUGCACGUGAAGGAAUCGUAGUCGAAACUUGUGUAAAGAUAUUUUUGCGAAACUGUAAAACUCGUAUUUUAAUCUUCGAGACUUUUUGAAGAAAAUACAUUUUAUUUUCGCCGUAUUGUAAAGUUUGUGCGUUCUAUUUUGUAUUCGAAGAGUAUCAAGCGUAUAAUAAGCAGAAAUAGUAAAAAUCUUUUUUUUACCGGAUAAGAACUGAUUUAACAUUUAGCUUAUUAUCGUUCACGUUCUCGUAGAUGUAUCAUUUGCUUCUUAAACUUAGAAAUUGUAGAAUAAGAACUUGUAAGUUUUUACUAUCGAGUAUAAGUAUAACGUAAAUUAGUCAUUUGUCGUUAAUGUGAG